AUGGAGCACCAAGAUCACCAACUACAGAUCUUCCCCAAGGAUCAGCUCGAGAUAGACUAUGAAGCACUACCAGAAGACGCUUCAUUAGGAGCACAUCUAGGCGCCGGCGCGUUGGCAGGGAUAAUGGAACACACGGUGAUGUUCCCCAUAGACUCGGUCAAGACCAGAAUGCAAUUGAACUUGUCAAGCAAGGACAUAUCGAGAGGCUUAUUGAAGUCCAUAUCGAAAAUAAGCUCAACUGAAGGGUUUUAUGCGCUUUGGAAAGGAGUCUCCUCCGUGAUACUAGGCGCUGGUCCCGCGCACGCCAUUUAUUUCUCCGUUUUUGAAUCAACAAAGACGUUUCUUGUUAAUAGGCUAACCAACUCGCCGCAUUCAAACAAAAUCGUCACCGAUGAAAACCACCCCAUCAUAGCGUCGUGCGCGGGUGUGGCGGCCACGACUGCUUCCGAUGCCUUGAUGACUCCCUUUGACAUGUUGAAGCAGAGAAUGCAGGCACGUGCCGCGUACCCUGAGAACAAGAUCCAAUCGGUGAGAUUGUUGAAGCUCGCAGCUGAUAUCUACAAAAAGGAGGGCCUUUCCGCUUUUUACAUUUCAUACCCAACUACUUUACUCACGAAUAUACCGUUUGCGGCAUUGAACUUUGGAUUCUACGAAUACUGUUCCUCGUUGCUCAAUCCGUCGCACUCAUACAACCCCUACUUGCAUUGCGUCAGCGGCGGUGUUGCUGGCGGAAUAGCGGCAGCGUUGACCACGCCCUUUGAUUGCAUCAAGACCGUGUUGCAAACGAGAGGCAUAUCGCAAAACGCCAGCUUGAGAGACGUUACCGGUUUCAAAAGCGCCGCUGAGGCUCUAUAUAAGCUCGGAGGCGCAAAAUCCUUCUGGAGAGGUUUGAAACCGCGCGUGAUUUUCAAUGUUCCAAGCACGGCUAUAUCGUGGACGGCGUAUGAAAUGUGCAAAGAAUUGUUGAUUAGAGAUAGGAGGUUGAACUAG